ACUGCAGAGAAAAAAGUCCGGAUGUAGCCCGUGCCAUUCAUAAGCUGCGCGUACCUAGACGGGCCUUGUUAACUGCACGCUUUAUUGAUCGAAUUGCGCUUUGAUUGUGUCUGAUGUCAGUUGGAAUGUGAAAACCGUCAAAUUGAAGAACGUUCAGCAAAAGUUAGUUGUGCGAUUUCGGUUUUCGACUGAUCUGGCCAGCGCCCGAAAAGAGGAAGCAAGCUGAUCGACCGCACAAUGAAGACGUCUCACGUUACAACAACCGUAUUACGUGGUUUGCACUCUCCUUUCACUCUCACUCCUCCGGCCCCGAAGAGAGGUGCUAUGCCGCUGUUUGACUAGUCAGUGCGUGCUGCAUACGCGGUGUCGUGUUCAUAUUUGCGCGGAAUAUGGAGCACCAGCAGAUGAACAGCCUGGAGGAAUACGGCGGCGGCGUCGACGAGGAGGACGACUGGCACCUCGCGAAACAGGGCAUCCAGUUGUUGUUGAACAACAAAAUCGACGAGGCCGAAACAUUGUUCAGGGAUCGGAAGGAAAAUGUCCAAAUGGCAGCGGGAUACUGCUAUAUCACUUUUAUGAAUGCUGUGAUGACAUUUGAGGAGGAAAAACUGCAAGAAGCCGUGCAAGUAUUGAAGGACAUGGAGAAACGUUGUGCCCAGGAUAUGGGUUGGAUUAAGACUGUGAAAAACAAAGUGUUUGGUGCUUCGAAUGUGAAUGAAGAGCUACUAAAUCGACUUGAAGAGCAAAUUAUUUUAGCUGAUACACAAGUGUGCAUGGCGCUCCUGACUUUUCUCCAGCAUGAUCUCACUGGAUAUGUGCGCGGUGGCUGGAUUCUACGCAAAGCAUGGAAAGUGUACCAGCACUCAUACAAUCAGGUGCUCCAGCUACACAGAAGGACUUUCGGCCAUGAAACUGAAGUUCCAGGCUCUCAAUUUCCAUCCUGGUCUGUGAUUGUGAGGGAUUCAAGCCAGUCAAAUUUAUUAUCUCCAAGCUCACCUGAUUGGACUGUGCCUUCAACCUCUACAACUCCCAGUCAAGGCCUCCGGUCGCCCCUAGCUUUUUUCUCCAUGUUUGGCUAUGGGAAGCCAAAUGAAGAACCUCUCGCUCCGUCAACAGUCUCUCGUUUAAUGGCUGCUGUCAGUUUUGGCUACGGAAUAUUCCAGCUCUGUAUUUCCCUUCUGCCACCUUCUCUGCUGAAAUUGAUCAGCUUCCUCGGCUUUGAAGGAGACCGAGACACCGGCAUCGCAGCGUUGAUGUACGCGCGACAGGGACAGGACAUGCGCGCCCCCUUAGCAUCGUUGUCGUUGCUGUGGUAUCACACAAUAGUCCGUCCCUUUUUCGCUCUUGACGGCUCCAACGUGCAGGCGGGAGUCGCAGCUGCUGAAACGCUGAUCUCCGAGUCCCAGGAGACAUACGGCCAGUCAGCGCUGUUCCUUUUUUUCAGAGGACGUGUCGAGCGACUCAAGUCAAACGUAAGCCAGGCCCUGUUAGCAUACCAGGCUGCGGUAAAAGCGUCGCCUCAGAGAGAGAUCCAGCUGCUAUGUCUGCAUGAGGUCGGCUGGUGCCAUUUGAUUUUGCUACACUGGCCGCACGCGCACGUGUCGUUUUUGAGACUGAAAAAGGAAUCCCGGUGGUCCAAAUGUUUCUAUGCUUACCUAGCUGCAGUUUGUCGAGGCGCUGCUGGAGAUGAAGCAGGUGCAAUCCAACUCGCUCAAGAAGCACCAAAGUUGUCAACAAACAGACAAACUCAGCUUGAAGUUUUUAUUGCACGCAGAACAUCUCAACUUCCUCUCGAGUGUUACACCACAACUGGAUGCAAACUGCUCGCUUUUGAACUGCUAUUCUUGUGGAACGCCUUGCCGUCUUGCAGCGCUCUCCAGUUACAACAGAUAAUCCAAGAAUGUGACAGCACAAGUGAUCCACCUCCAAUGCAAGGCCUGCAGUACCUAAUAAUGGGUGCCACGUACGGCUGCCUGGGCCAGGCCGCGGAAGCCAUCAGCAACUUCCGGGCGUGCCUGGAGAGCCGAUCAGAGAUGUCGAGAAUCUCUGCAGACGGUGUCGAGGGUCUAGGGGACCACCACAUUGCCGCCUUUGCUUCAUACGAGUUGGCUGUUUUGCUCUGCAUGGAUUCUGAGACUCAACAGGAGGGCAUCGACUUACUGUUGGAAGUUCAAAAUAACUACCGCAAUUAUGAUUUUGAAAACAGACUCAACGUAAGAGUUCAUUCCGUUUUGAAAAACUUCAGAUAAUCUCGCACAUCUGUUCAAACCGUUUCCCCUGGAAAUCCGUCCAUAUUAUUUGAUUUUCAUCCAAUCAUAUUUGCUCAUAUUCUAUUGGUUAUACUCAUCCAUGACAUGACGAAUCUCAAUGGCUUUAUCGCUGCUUAAUUUCCGACAAUAUAUGUACUAAGCAAUCGAUUUUCAAUCAAGCAAACCCCUAUCCUAUGCAUAUUAAUUAUUAUCAACUGAAAUAUUUGCUCUGACGAAUUUUUUACACAUUCCAUCUACUUUAUUUAAUAUUUAUUUCUUAUUCCUUGUCACGUUAUGUGUUUUAUUUAUUAUAUUAUAAUAGUGAUACCGACAAAUAUUUACUUGAUAUAUCUUAAAAGAAGAAAGUGAAACGCCUGAUUGUGGCGCAAGUAUGCAACCUGCGCGGCAGACGCGCCGAGUAAAAUGCAUACAGCGGCCUGGCUGCCAAUCAAUGUCAAAAAGAAUGUCAGCGUCGUUUCCCACGCCGUGUAAAACGCUUGCAAAAAUAAACUUGUUUAUCAUG